UCCGGAAUCUCGGAGUCAAAAUGUCACGCCGCAACUCCGAAUGUUGUAGGGGUCGCCCACUUCGACUUACACUGCGGACAGAUGGGAUGCUCUGCACUACUCUCUCGAUAUUCCGUAACUUGACAGAUACUACUCCUCAACAAGCUCGAGACUUUGAUUCCACUUUGAGCAUUUGUAAACUUCAGCAACACUGAUCGUCAACUCGACAUUAUCCCAGUUGGAUUUCGCUCGCAGAGCUCAAUCAGCCCUGGGGGCCCCAGAAGACCUGCCCGCUAGACUUCAGCCCAACCCGGAUGGACACUUCCGUUUUUGAAACCCCGGCCUCCGAAGCCAGCAGACUCCGGACCGGGACCUUGCGUCGUUCGUGUGAGGCCUGCCGGGCUUUGAAAGCGCGCUGCAUCCUCGAUACGUCGGCUCCACAGCGCCCAAGCUGCUGUCAAAGAUGCUCUAGUCAUGGGCUGGACUGUGUCUUUGAAGAGGCCCUCGCUCGCCCCAAGCGCGCCAGACACGCAACUCGCACCCGGGUCAAGGAUGUUGAGGACAAGAUCGACAACUUGAUCGCCCUCAUCGCUGCCCGGAACGCAGCGGCAGAGAUACCCAAGUCGGUGGUGGAUGUGCUACCCCUGAACCCACCUAUCUGCGAGGAUGUGGCCGUGCCCCCGCUCCCUGAGCAUCUGCCAGUCAAUAUGAUCUUCCCGGAUUCCGACUUCAGCUCCUCGCAGGCCACGUCUGUGGAGCCUGUGUCAUCGACGCACGACGUAUUCAGCAAAGGCAUCAUCUCGCUUGCGGUGGGCGAGAGUCUCUUGGCUGCCUUCAAGGACCGCGACCUGGCUAUGCCCUUCGUUGUGCUGGCCCCGCACAUGUCGUUCGAAUAUCUUCGGCGCGAGCGGCCGUGCAUGCUGCUCGCCAUCAUGGCCGUCACCGAGGUCGACGAUCCUCUGCAGGAGAGGCUGAUUGACGAGUUUCGGCAGUUCGUCGCGCAGAACGUCAUCGUGGCUGGUCAUAAAAGCAUCGACAUCAUCCAGGGGAUAACCAUGUUCUGCGUGUGGCAUCAUCACGCCUCCCGUCCUCACAUUCAUCAAAUGUACCAGAUGUCACAAGUCGCUGCGACCAUGGCGCUUGAAUUGGGUCUCCCAGCACUGUCCCAGAUCCACGAAAUGAACUCGCAGCAAAGGAGCGGGCGCGAAAGUAACCCUCAGUUCUGGGACGAUCUGGAGCGGAUACGAGCGUAUCUCCACUGUUACCUCAUCUCCAACUGCAUCUCGAGAGCGAUGAAAAAACCACACCCGCUCAAGCACAGCAAACGGAUCGACGAAGCCAGCAAGCUUGUCGCUAGUCUCGAGAAGUCUCCUUCCGAUGAUGUCCUCUUGCAUUUCAUUCGACUGCAGCAAUUCAUUGAGGAAGUGGAGACUGUUUUCCGGUACUGCGAUCCUGAUGGUAUGGAUCAAAUGGAUGGCUGGAAAAUCCACUCCAUGUCGAAGGUCUUUGAACAAAAACUGUCGCUCCUCAAGGACUCCACGCCACCAGAGCUAUUGGACAACCCCUUCGUCAAGAUGAGCUUCCUCUACAUGCCCAUCUACAUCACCGAAAUCAGCUUGAAUACGCCACCGGGGCACGACCGUAAGGGAGUGGCUUGUUGCGACUGGUGCGUUUCUACUUACCGGGCAGAACUCAUCGUCUCCUGUGUCCGCGCCUGCCACGUCUUCCUGAACGAGUUCAUGGCGUUUCCGGAUCAUAUCAUCAAGAUGCUCAACCUUGGAGAUGUCGGGCGACAUCUCUACGCCAUCAUGAUCCUCGGCCGUGUCAACACGCUCCAAGGGAUGGGCAGCUUAGACUUGGCCUUCCGCGGCGAGCUCACCAACAUUGGGCCCUAUCUGAUCGCGUCGGAGAACAAAAUGGCGUCUCUGCUUACGUACCUGCCGGACGGGUCGGUCAAGCAGGAUUCGUUCUGGCAGCUGCGCGGACUGUUUGCCAGCGCAUCCUCGAUGCUGGCCACAUGGAAGGCGGAGCCUGCUGCGUUCCAACCCUCUGAGAAGGAGUGCGAGUUCUCGCUCAGGCUCGACAUGCUCAUGGAUCCGGUGCGGGCCGAGGAAGGUUGCGAGUUUUCGCGGCAGGCCCAACAGCAGGUUCCGGGGCAGAACCCCAUAACACCGGAAUCGCUGUCGAACUGGGGUGGGGAUCAUGAUUUGAUUCUGGCCAACCUCAGCUCCAUGUCGCCUCCAACGAAUUGGUUCUGAAGAGGCGCGGUACUAGUGGGACUUUUGCUUCAAUAUCGAGCGUUUUCUUUUGUCUAGGAAGGGAUGGGCUCGGAUAGCCGGUUAUCAAGGAGUGUCAGAUAGGUGGUUCAGGAAUUCUCGAGAUCGGGAAUCUCUUCUCAGGACGCUACGGCGGUAAACCGAAAGGCAGAUUUAUACAGGGAGACAUCAAAGCUACACGUGCAGGUGUUGAAAGAAUGAGCCAUGUCGAC